AUGUCUAUGUAUUUGAACUAUCCGUAUCUGUUUGACACUCCUAUCGGAUACACGAAAAAUCCCUUACCGAAAAGGAGCUAUUUCAAUCACUACGUGCAUGAAGAUAAGCGUAGAGAAUCACCACCACCACCGGUAACUGGGCUUACGUUAGAUAAAUUGCCCAGGGAGAUAAGGGUCCGCAUCGCAAACGAAUUAUCGCAACUCGACAGCUUCAAUUUACUAAGAACAUGUAGGUCAUUAUAUCUGUCAACAUUGCCUAGAUUAUACCAAAAUAUCAUAAUCGAUCAAAACUAUAGUCAGUUCAAUAAGGAAUACAAUUACCACCAAUUUGAAAAAGUGGACUUGGAACUACUGCUAUUUUCAUGUUCGUACAUCAACUCUCCUUACAAUUUCAAGAAGUUCUUGAAGAACUACAUUACCUUGUACAAAUCAUUCACGUUGCAGUUGUUGCAGCACAGAUAUGUGGAAUUCCCCAGUAUCAAAUCGUUCCUGUGUAUAGACCUACCAGAUGAGUUGAACAUCUAUGAUCAUGGAUUGAACGAGCUAUUAAUUGAAUUUGUUCAGGUACAACCCCAUUUAAAGGAAUUGAUUUGGCUUGGCACUGGGUUCGAGUAUAAAUAUUUAGAGUACUUACCCAAUUGCAAGUCCUUGGUGAAUCUUUCAUUGAACUUAAAGUAUAGUUCUUAUAUAACGGAAAAGAGACAAACUGCGCUUGCUGCGUACAAUAUGCCGUACCCAUUGAAGAUCCAGUUCCCCAACCUAACUAAUUUAGAGAUCCAAAAUUUCAAUAGUCUUUUCAUGUUGAGGGAGAUAUUGGUUAACGUCUUGUUUUCCAUUGAAAAUAUUGGUGACCAAUUGACUAAAAUCAAAUUGUCCAGGUCCGAUAAUCAUUUGAACGACUCAUUAUUGUUAUACCCGUAUGACUCGUUGAUCGGCCCUAGCUUACCAUUCAAAUCGCACGAAUUGAACACAUUUGAUUCCAUAUUUGCAAAUCCCAAAGUUAGGUUCAACAGAUUGACCUCAUUGGUAUUACAUGACUUCUUAAUCGAACCAGAUGAAGCUGAUUUGUUUAUGAAAUGUGUUAACCUAGAAAAUUUAACGACACUUGAAUUGAGUUCUGUGACCGAAUAUCAACAAAGCUUCGAUGGAGUUGAUUUAAAAACUAGUUUCUUAUUGAGAAUCGUUUCUAAACUAACAAAUUUGAAGCAUUUACGAAUAGAUUAUAGAGAGUCCAUAGUGGACUCAGUCCCAAAAUUUUUAAGGUUACUCCCUCAGAGCUCCAAGUUACAAUCGUUAGAUUUAACAAUUCGUUACAAUAGAAGUAAAUUGCGUACGUUUAGACACGAGACAACUUUGUAUGAAGAGUAUGCGCAAUCUAUACUCUUAAAUGACAGAGAUUGGACUCUUGAGAAACUUUCUAUUGACAUCAAGGAAGAGAAUUUAUAUUGUGGAGAUAUUAACAUAUCACUUCCAUUACCUCCCAUGUUUUACGAUUGUCUCUCAAGAUGUAAGAAUUUGAAAUCAUUGAGAUUUAGUCCUUCAAGCGCUGAAAUUCACAAUGAAAUAUUAGAAAUGGUUCAACUGCUCUCAAAAUUGGAGUUUUUGGAUGUUUUCGGAACUAAAGCUGGAGGUGCUCCUCACAUGGGAUUGGAAAUGGUACACCCCAGUAUAUAUGAUGAGUGGUUCAAGGUUCAACAUGUUGCAAUGCUUUACUGCAAAAGCAAUAAAAACUUAAAGUACAUUAGGGUUAAUAAGUGCGUUUUUGAGCAUUUGCGUAAUGAUAUCAGUCCGAGGGACGGAAUUGAUAGAUGGUUUAAUCAAAAGGUCAAGUUGGGAUUUGAAUAG